AUCUCCCCUGACAGUAAAUCAUAACAACUCGGAUGUAAAAUGGCGCUGUCCAGUGGAUCUUGUUGCAAGCUUGCUCCGUCUAUAUUGAAUGCUGAUUUAUCUAAUUUAGCUGCGGAAUGUCAAAAAUUAAUGGAAGCCGGAUCAGAUUAUCUUCAUCUCGAUGUCAUGGACGGUCAUUUUGUACCGAACUUAACAUUUGGUCACCCUGUUGUCAAAUGUUUGCGACCAAAACUUCCAGACGUUUUCUUUGAAAUGCACAUGAUGGUAGCUGAUCCCGAAAAGUGGAUUGAAGGCAUGGCUGAUGCUGGAGCGGAUAUGUACACAUUUCAUUAUGAGGCAACUAAAGAUCCGGCAGGAUGUAUUCGAAAAAUACGAGAGGCAGGAAUGAAGGCUGGCAUGGGAAUCAAUCCACCAACAGAUGUUGAAGUUGUUCUACCCUUUAUUGACCUUUUAGACUGUGUCCUAAUUAUGACUGUCAAUCCAGGGUUUGGAGGUCAGAAGUUCAUGUCAGAUUGUUUGCCUAAAAUUGAAUUCUUGAGACAGAAGUACAAACAUCUAGAUAUAGGAGUGGAUGGUGGAGUUGGUCCAAAAACAAUACAGGAGUGUGCUGAUGUUGGAGCCAAUCUGAUAGUGUCUGGAAGUGCUUUGGUUCAACAUGAGAACCCCAAACUGUGCAUCACACAAAUGAGAAACAUCAUCAAUGCAGGCCUGGAAAGAUUUCACCAAGACAGAUAACAAAGCUUUUUUACUAGAGCAUUUACUCAUACCUUGGUCUUUUUAUAGUUUUAGUAAAUUAAUUACUAUUUUGUUUCUUGUAUUGUCUCUAUGUGUAAAUAGUUAAAUUAUUUUUAAAAUAUUUAGGAUUUUUUUUUUUAAAUUAUUUAACCUUGCCAAUAUUGUAAUGUUUUGUUGUUUGUUUGUUUUUUUCCUUGUUUAGAUAUACAUUUUAUAAAUUUAUGCAUGAUUUUGUAUUUAAUUUGAAAGUCUUCUUAUUACAACUAUUCAGAUACUGUCUUACUGUUAGACUUCAACACUAGAGUAAUGAAGUUGUCCUACAUUUGGGGAGUUACAAAAAAUGUGUUUCUUUCCAGAUUGUGUCCCACUUCAUGACAUAGCAAUAAAUUGUUUUUACUUUACUUUGACCUCUACAGCAACUAAGAGCAGACUUUGUAUGAAAAUUUACUCAGUGUUUUUAACACCCCAGGGUUUUAGUCUAUCUGCACAGAGACACAUUUGAGCUAAAAAUUUGAUUUCUGUAACUGUCCAUGGUAACAACCACUGAGCAUUAACAAUGAAAGUUGAAUGAGCGUUUUCUGUGAAAGCAAAUUGAGCAUUAACUAUGGAAGUAUAAUUCAUGUUUUUCUUUCUUGUUGCUGAUUCAAUUUUUUUAUCUAUCAUAAUAAAUUUAGUAUAAUAAUUUUUUUCUUCCUCUAAACCUUUGCUGGAGUUUAAUGUUAUGGAAACCUAUAAUUGUAGAUUAAUAUUUUGCUUUUCAUUCAUAGAGUUUAUAUUCUUGUACAGGAGCUAUUAAUUUGUGUGUUGUUGUUUUUUUUUAAUAUACCUCUGAGAGAUAAAUUUAAAGGUGAUGUUCUAUUUUUGUUACUGUAAAGUAGUCCUUUGUAGCUGUGUACAUUUGAUAAUUAGUGUUAAAGUUUUAUUAAUGUCAGAUGUGGUUAGAUGACCAAAUAACUCCUGUGAUCUUUUUAAUCCAUAGAAUAAUAUCUAAACUACCAAAACUUUACUUAUAGUGAGAUGUUUAUUGGCAGGUUUCAAUAUUCUUAGUCAACUCUCAACAACGACAAGCCUAACUUCCCUGAUACAA